AUGCUCUGCUUUAAUCCUGCCAUCAUCACUGUCUUUGUGCUUCUCUCCGAAAGCACACAUGCCGUAUUUUAUGCGACGAAGAUGGAUGCUGUGUCGACCACAGGGUUGCCGCAUCUGCCCGAAUUGAAUCAAAGAAUUUUUCAUGAAAACGGAUUUCAUGGUGAAGUGAUUGGAUUUGCAGCAAAGCGUGAGGAGGAAUGUGGGAUCGUGCUGCUAGAUUACGGAAGCUACACAAACGGAGAUAUGUUUAAUCAUAUAUUGGAGAAACUUGAAGACACUCUAAAAGAUAACAAUACACUGGAUCAAGCUUUGCGCGCAAAGGUGUUUGCUGCACAAAAGGAACAAGCCUUGAAAGAAAAUAUGGAAGAAAUGAGCAAACUAUUCGAAAGAUAUAGGAGUAACACGCCACAUUACAACACGGCGCAAGUAACAUUCUUUGGCGGACUUGGGCUCAUUGCUUUUGGAAUAGGAAUUGGGAUCGGAAAACUUGUAUAUAAUGGUGUGACAAGCCUGAUGCGUAGUUUUGUAAAAGGCGAGCAACUGCAGCACCUGGAUAUGGAGCUCAUAGCAAUUUACAAGAAACUUGAUAAUUUGGCAAAGAUAUUGGAAGUACAAAUUAACAAGAAUCGCUUUGAUGAUCUCAAUGAACAAACACUUGAUGGAAGUAGAGGUUUGCUAUCCAAUCACAAAAGAGCAGGAUCAGUGGUGGAGGCACGGGUGACAACAGACAAUUUGACAAUAGAGCUGCAAAUUACGUUACCAGUGUCAAAUAUGUCGUUUGAACCUAUCGUUGGUCCUGACGAUAAUCACAAUGAUGGAGCAGCAUGGUACAGCUAUGGAUGCCACUUGAAUAGUCUCUUACUUGCGACUUUCAGUCUUGAUCCGAUAAUUUUUGAAACAUCAAAAAUGGCCGAACGUGUACGGGCACAAAAGUACAAAGAAGUUUUGGAGAUUGGCAAUGCAGCCAGGGAAAGUUUUGAAAGACUCAAAGAAGAACGUAUCGUGAGAUUUCUACCCCCAAAAAUAUUUGAAGAAAUGUUCUACCCUAAAUUUUCAAAUGAGGGGACUCAUUUUUGCGUCGUCUGUGGAAAGCAAGGAGAAUUCCGUCUGCGCGAACAUUUGCUCAAGGCGCAUAAAGAUGAGCUCAAAAAAGGAACGAUGGAUUUUAAGGAAUUUUAUGAACGUGUUGAGAGAAACAAAUAUGCGCUUCGUGCGGAAAUGGAUGUGGGAAUGCAAAGACUAGAAGAAAGCGUUCAAAAAAUGGGGCGCAGAUUAGAGUUAAGAGAUGCGAUGCAGCGUGAAGAAGAACCUGGUACAUCUUACGCUCACAUAGAAGAAGAUGCCCUAGAAAGAGAUAGUAGUGCGAUUGAUAUGAUGGAAGCCAAAUCCACAUCGAAGUCCCAAGCUAUACAAAGUUACGAGGCUAGUAAAGCAGCGAAGCAAGGUGGACCAGUGGAAAAAGUGUUCAAAACUGCGCCAAAUGUCGAACUUAUGUUCUGUUAUGAAAUGGAUGAUCAAGCACCAGGAUACUAUAAGGAGGACUACAUUGUGCCAAAGAAACAAAAGAAUAAAUGGCAGGGAAAAGUGGACGUCGAAUUGAAGUAUUAUCGUAAACUGGAUGGAAGGAUGCAUCCCUUGCUUAGAGAAUUUGAAGAAUAUAUUUCUGAAGCACUGCCGGAUGCUUUGGCAAGGAAAGGCAAUCCAUUGAAAAACGGUACAUGGGGUUAUGUGUCCUGUAUAAAUCGGUUUAUGCUUGCAGCUAUGAGAGCGCGAAAACGUAAGUUUAUAGACCUACGACUUGAACCAGUAGCCGGACGUGAACGUCGCGAUGUUUUAAAACAUGGCAAAAAACUAUUUCUGGACUAUAUGGCGAAACUGAAUGUCGAAGAAAAACAAACGCUAUCAUUUCAGGGUAUUGUACCCAGCGAAAAAAAAAAAGGUGAACCCUACUGUGUUGCUAGAGCUGUGGUUGAGCAUAAAGGAGUCGAAGAAGCUGUAGAGAAAAUAAUGAAGAUUUUUGAACAAAAAGGGACUUUGCAGCCAGCACAAUAUAACUAUGUGAUGGGUGCACUUUGGUGCUACAUUAUUCACUGCAAUACAAGCAGGAAUGAGUGUAUCUACAAAAUGAUGUAUGGAAGUAUUUGUCGGUCCGAAGAAGAAGAUGUAACUUCGGUGAAUGAAUGGGAGCGAACAGGGCUACAAGAGUUCGUCAUGGAUUUUGGCGAUGAAGUUGAAGAAAGGCUUUGGACAAGGCAUGCUAUAGCAGAUUUGCAGUACGAAAAUGAUUAUCAGCAAAAAAUAGAUGAGAUGGCAAAAGUGCCAGGAGUGGAUAAGGAAUGUGCACAUACGACAGAAAUGGAUGACUUUGACGAGGAUGAUGUGGUGGAAGAGGAAGGCGAUGAGGAAGAAGCAACGAGAAUUCUUUUGGAAGAGAAAGGCGAUGAGGAAGAAGCAACGAGAAAUCUUGAUGUCGCAGGAAAUAAGGGAGAUGGACAAACUGAGCCAAUCCUACGUGCUGAUACGAGACAACGAAGUUCGCGACCGCUUACGGAAACUGAGUCAUCGCCACGGAAACGCCCGAGGGUAUCGUUACCAGUGGAAGAUGUGCCGGGAGAAAUGCAAGCAUCGUCAUCUUCAUCACUCAAGCAAUUCGAUCGACCUCCAACGGACAACGAUGAGGGACUGGUUACGGCGAAAAUUAGUGAAGCAAGUGCAGAGCCAAUAAUGAGUGAUGUGACAAGAGCAACUGCAAGUGAAACCGUCCAUGCCAUCCAUGAUGUAGCUGACACCACUAGAUACACGAUUUCCGAUCUCGAAAGACGGUUUGAGCCUCUUGAUCCAAGUUUGCACCUAGAGGCUUUGAAUGAAACACCUUACACGGGUGGUUUGACAAAGAUCGCGACUGUGCCUCAGCAGAACCAGUUUCUACGUCGAUCUCAUGCACAGCCUGUACAGGACUUUCCGUGGCUUGAAGUGCGUGAGAUGCCUACCAUCAAUAGACGAGGUGUUUACGCCAAGGUAGAUAUCGCUAAAGAAAUGGCGGUUGCUGAUGUUCGUGGCUAUCAAGGAAAGGUGGAAGACAUAAGAAAUUCUCUCAAACAACUCAAUGAAGAGGAACGCCAUAAAGUGAUCAAGUAUUGGCAUGGAUUUAGAAGACGCGGUUGCGAUUUUAUCUUACUUGCACAUUGCGACUCAUACAAGGCAACAGUAACGCUUGGUCGACUUAUCAACCAGUCGAUAGAGCAUGCAAAUCUAGUCCUACGUUGUAUUCGCUUUGGCGAACGUCGUGUUCGAUGGUUGCAUUGUUUGGUAGCCAAACGCGAUAUUAAGGCUGGUGAGCAGUUAUUGUGGAACUAUGGGAGAACGGAGAGAAAUCCAAACAUACCUAACUUCCCAGACAAUUAUCCGUGCAUAUGUCAAGUGUGCGAUCCGGCUGCAGCAGAAGCUUCGUCUUCAUUUCUACAAUCGGCAAGACGGAGCAUCCAUGUCCAAAGAGUGUGGAAUUUUGAGCGGUCUCUCUCAGAAGAGGAUCUUAGCUUACAUGAAAGGCCUGAAUUCGACAUUGGAGAACUUCUAUUUCUGGUGACACAGAAAGCGCGCGCAGUAGGAUUGCUACUGGAAAAAACUCCUGCUGCCGAUCCAAGAGUUGCAUUUGCAAUAAGCAGGCGUACUGUUUUCACUAAAAGUGAUGUAUUUCCGGAUCCUGCCAUGUUUCUGGUAAAGGUUGCAUCUCCUUUGGCGCAGUUGCUACAAAUAGCGACGGAAGCUGCUUUUGAACACAUGGAAUCGGUUGUUCUUAUUCUCUACCGAAAGCGGAACGAUCCAAAACCGCUGGUUAUCUUGUUGGGUUCACGCCAUCUUGAGGAUGACGGUCAUCGUUACGGCUGCUGCGUAGCAGUUGUGGGCGAAGAAAUUUACGCAGUGGAAUGUCAGGCGGAAGCCAGAGCUGACGAAAUGCCAUUGCACUUGGAGUUAUUAGAAGCUGGCCCACUUACCCGUCAUUUUCCAUCACUAACAAUAGAGCCGCGUUCUGAAGAUGCUAUUAUGGGUGCUGUCAUUGCCACUAUGAGCGCCAUCGAUGGCGACGAGUCACAGGAAGUUUAUUACCGCCUACAAGAACCAUCAAAAGAGUUUUCGCUGAAUUCAACUACUGGGGAAGUGGUGCUGACGUUAGAGCAGAAAAUUGGCGCCAGCAAUGCUGAAAAUGCAGAGAUGGACGAUAUUGAAGUAUGGAUGGCACUAAAUGUGAUUGUGACCGACGUGAAUGAUAAUGGUCCGUUGUUUGAAGAAAGCCGCUAUUUUAUGUUGUUGGAGAAGAAUGCAAUCCCUGGUGAGGAAAUACUGACUGUUCGAGCAUCCGAUCCUGAUCAACCAAUGCCUGGAAGUGAUGUACAAGAAGUGUUUUAUCGAAUAAAAGAUAUGCUAUUCGAUUAUCGUGGAAUGAACAGAGCCGUGGAAAGUAUGUUCUCAACUGAUAAAACGACGGGGGUAAUACGACUCGAGCAGGAAGUUAGAUUCCAACGAGAAAAGAAACUGCGAGAAGAUGACGCGUCUAUCGUGAAUGCAUUGAACAGACCUCCGAUCCGGCCAAUGAAAAUUUCUCCCUUGAUUCCUACACGAGCAUUAUAUGAACCACAUCUUCCUGCGAUAGAAAGCAACUAUGCUGUACAAGAAAUGAAAAUGGUUGUGGCAGGAGAUGAUGACAGACGGCGUAAUCCCUGGUAA